UCGUUUUCGUGGAUUGGCCACGCGACCACCGCCAACGCAAUCGCUCUACGAUAGUUCGACUCGAUCUUUAUCCUCUAAAACUCGGAGCAAUGUCUGCUGCAGCAAUGUCGAAAAAGAACAAGGGGAAGAAGGUCGCAGACCCCAAUGAGACAUCCAAGCUCUUGGCUGCCAAAAUAUCGCAGUUGGAGCAAGAUGCUGCCGGAGAAAAGGAUCAGGAGGCAGAAAUCGAGCGCGAAGUUAAGAAGGCUACGAGGGACCUGAACCAACUCCUUAGCAAUAUCGAAUCUCCGAUGACACGGCUCGAGACGGUUCACAAGAAGUACACCGAACUACUGGCCGAUAUGAAGAAGCUAGAUCGCGACUAUUCUAAGAGCAAGAAGCGGGCCGAUCAACUGCAGAAGGAUCAGGACAAGGGCAAAUCCGAGUUGAACAAAACCGUUACUAUGAAGGAUAAAUUAGAAAAGCUGUGUAGGGAGCUAACCAAGGAAAAUAAGAAGGUCAAGGAUGAGAACAAGAAGCUUGAGGAGACCGAAAAGAAAGCGCGGCUUAUUGUUAACGAACGCCUCGAUUCUCUGCUGUACGAUAUUCAGGACGUCAUGGCUGCCAAAGGGAAUCCCCGCAGUGAGAAAGCGGACAUCGAUCUAGACGAAGCUUUGCGCGCAAAGAUCAAAACUAUUGGCGAGAAAUUUGAAAUGCGCGAGUUACAUUACAAGGCACUCCUUCGCAGCAAGGAUGCCGAGAUACAAUGCCUUACCGCCAAGUACGAAGAGCAGCGCCGUACAGCCGAGAAUGAAGCCGCUCGUUGUCGUGCUCUGAGCUCCCAGGUCUCUACCUUCUCGCAUACCGAAGCCGAACUACGCAGUCAACUAAACAUCUACGUGGAAAAGUUCAAGCAGGUGGAGGAUACGCUGAACAACAGCAACGAGCUUUUUCUUACGUUUCGCAAAGAAAUGGAAGAGAUGUCCAAAAAGACCAAACGGCUAGAGAAGGAAAACCACACCCUUACACGGAAGCACGAUCAAACGAACCGCAACAUACUCGAGAUGGCGGAGGAGCGCACAAGGAAUCAUGAGGAGUUAGAAAAGUGGCGAAAGAAAAGCCAUCAUUUGGAAGCACUUUGUCGUCGAAUGCAAGCCCAGGGUCGCGGGCAAGGUCUUGCUGCGGAUUUGGAUGGCGAUGACGAGGGGACGGAGAGUGAAUAUGAUGAGGACUAUGAAGACGAGGAAGAUGAUGAAGGAAUCAGUGACGAUGACUACGAGCUUGACAGCCCGGAUGGCGACAUGAACGGAGACCGCAAUAUUCCCCAGCAAACCGAAAAGCCAGUAUUUGGGCCUCCCCCGCCGCCCAACCUGCUGGAAGCGCGAGCCAACGGAAAUAAGGCAAUGAUCAAUGGAUGCCACUAAUGCAGUUUUCAUCAAUGUCAUGUUCUCGUUGUUCAUGUUUCCUUGGGCUUGGAACCAAACACGAU